AUGGCCGACAAUCCUCGUCGACUAUCUGUCCUGGGCACUGUUAUACUACGUGCUGCUCUUGUGAUUGCCGCCACCUGUCUCGUCUUCGCCGCAAUUCCAGCAAUCAUCAUCAUGUUCAUCCUUGUGGCAUUCUCUCCCGAGUCAUUCGCCAAUUAUGGCUUUGGACAUGAGACGACAGGCAUUCGAGUUGACGUGAACAUUACACCAAUUCAUCCACGCUCUCCGUCACAGCGUCGACGUCGACCAAACCCUCGAGGUGGUCAACCGUCGAGUCCGCAAUCUCCCACCACUCCUACGUACACUUGGGCUGGCCGUUACAACUCGCCCCCACCCCAACGUGUCGAUACCCCCUCUGCUGAACGUCCAGCCUUCGCUUGGAGAUCACCACAAGCCUACAGUCCUGUAUACGGCGAUCGAGUCAACUCUAUGCCUCCACACCUGCCAGCCCUCUCUGAGCCAGAGCCCCAGAUCUGGUACGACUCAAGAAGACCAUUCAUCCCACCCCUUCGUGGUCCGUACACAUCCAUGGAUCCUCUGCCUCCUGCACAUCCCAAUGACCGUGGCAACUCGAACUUCUCGUGGAGUCCUGAUGAGCCACUUCCCCCUGCACGUCCAGAAGGAGACACAGGGUCUCCCCGAGCAGAGCCCGUCAGAAGAGUAACGGCUACAUCUAUGCCUGGAGAAGUACCCAUGAUUGUGGAUGAGUCUGAUGAAGAGGCUUUGCCUGUAUACGAGCGUCCGCCAGAGUAUGAUGAUGAGAGUCACAGCGCGAGAUCAUUGAGAUGA